AUUUGCCGGUUCGAAUCGGCGCUUCCGCCAUUUCCUCGCGGCAUUAGAGAGAGAGAGAGAGAGAGAGAGAGAGAGAGAGAGAGAGAGAGAGAGAGAAGAAGCUAUCGGUUCCCUCCAUCUCUCUGUUCUUCUCCAUUCCAUCGUCGCGUUUCGAGUAACAAGAUACGAGGUGGGUUUUAAUUCUUCAGUUCACUCCAGCUCAGUAGCCUCUACUUUUGACACGACGAUCGGCAGCGAAAAUGAAUCGCCAAGAUGAUAACGACAAGAAUUCAAGAAGUUCUUACUUCGGUUUACCGGCUCUGGAUGUUUCUGUUGCAUUCCCACAAGCAACUUCUGCAUCUGCUUUUCCUCCUUCCGUCUCGGACUACUAUCAGUUCAACGGCCUAUUGACUCCCGAGGAGCAAGCUCUCAGAAAGAAAGUGAGACAGUGCGUGGAAAAAGAAAUUGCUCCAAUUAUGACACAGUAUUGGGAGAAGGCAGAGUUCCCAUUUCAUGUCGUCCCGAAACUUGGUAACUUGUGCAUUGCCGGCGGUACGAUCAAGGGUUACGGGUGUCCUGGUCUCUCCAUUACUGGAAGUGCUGUUGCUACUGCCGAAGUGGCUAGAGUUGAUGCAAGUUGUUCUACUUUCAUUCUGGUGCAUUCUUCCCUGGCAAUGCUCACUAUAGCUCUUUGUGGAUCGGAGGAGCAAAAGCAUAAAUAUUUACCUUCCUUGGCAAAGUUAGACACUAUUGCUUGUUGGGCUUUGACUGAACCUGAAAAUGGAAGUGAUGCCAGUGGUUUAAGAACAACAGCAACAAAGGUUGAAGGAGGUUGGUUGAUAGAGGGCAAAAAACGCUGGAUAGGGAACAGUACUUUUGCUGAUUUAUUGAUUAUUUUUGCCAGGAAUACAAUUACAAAUGAAAUAAAUGGAUUUAUAAUGAAGAAAAAUGCCCCUGGCCUGGUGGUUACAAAGAUAGAAAAUAAAAUUGGUUUGCGGAUUGUUCAAAAUGGAGACAUUGUGAUGAAUAAAGUUUUUGUGCCUGACGAAGAUAGAUUACCUGGUGUAAAUUCUUUCAAGGAUACAAACAAGGUUCUAGCCGUCUCACGUGUAAUGGUUGCUUGGCAACCCAUUGGCAUAGCAAUGGGCGUUUAUGACAUGUGUCAUAGAUAUUUGAAGGAGAGGGAACAAUUUGGAGCACCAUUAGCAGCUUUUCAAGUUAACCAACAGAAACUUGUCCUCAUGCUGGGAAAUGUUCAGGCAAUGUUCCUUGUUGGUUGGCGACUUUGCAAAUUAUACGAGAAGGGCACGAUGACUCCAGGUCAAGCUAGCUUGGGGAAGGCAUGGAUCACCCUGAGGGCUAGGGAAACCGUUGCUCUUGGACGUGAGUUGCUUGGAGGCAAUGGGAUUUUAUCAGACUUUCUCGUUGCAAAGGCGUUCUGUGAUUUGGAACCAAUCUAUACUUACGAGGGUACCUACGACAUCAACAGCUUGGUGACUGGCAGGGAAAUCACUGGUCUUGCCAGUUUCAAGCCAGCUGCUGCUGCUCUAACCAAAAGAAGCCGCCUUUAAUCUUUGUAUUCCUAAAUUGUGAAUUUGCUGAGCACACUGGCUGGUGAGUCUACAAUAAAACAUUAGUUAGUAAAUAUAGUAAGUAUUUAGUUUAAAUUUUGAUUAAUUGUUCUUUGUGGUGCAUAAAAUGGCAACCCAAGUUCGGUUCGGUCAUCACAUCGGAUAUUAUUUACUUCCACCAUUUGAAUUCUGUAAAGAAACAACUCCUGAACGUAAAUUCUCAAUAUAUUUUCGCAAUAAGGGCAGAGCUCUUGGAGUUGCCUACAGAAUUACAGCGACAAGAACAAGAGAUAAAGCUGUUUGAAAGGGUAUGAAGUUGACAUAAAUACCAAUA